AAUAGAUCACUAAUUGGAAUAAAAAACUGUGGCAGAACAAGCUGCUAGGCAUUGCAGGAAGGUGAAGUAAUAAGACAGAUUACAAACACCUUACAACAGUUACCACCUUCUUACUGUGCUACGAAUACAAUGAUAAACUUGAUGAUAAACACUAUAAGGAGCACAAAAGUGAAGGGGCACUUAGAAGUGCAUCAAAGGAGUACAUUACUAGAGGGGAGUGAAAUGGCGGGAAAUUUGAUGAUAACAUGGCCCAAGGACAAGGCAAGCUUUUUUCGAUAGGACACAUUUUUCGUCCUGAAAGGGAUAAAGACACAAUAUUUAUAAGUGAUGCAACUCGUUUUCAGCAGGAUGUCAGACGCAAUUCAAACGGACUUAUAAAUGCAAAUGGUGGUGUUAUUUAUUUUGGAAUAACUACAAGCGGACGAGUAGAAGGAGUCUAUGUCUCAAGAACAAGAGAAGAUGAGUAUAGACUGACCGUUGAUUGUACUAUUGGUUCUUUUCAACCAUUUUAUGCACCUUUCAACUAUAGGAUCAUUUUUCAUCCAAUCAACAAAACAGAUUAUAAAGUAAUUGAGUUAAAAAUAUCUGCUGGGGCACCCGGUCAGAUAUAUGAAGAUGGGCAGCAAAAGCUGUACCUGUUUUCAGACAAUGAGGUACUAGGCCCACUAUGGCCUCUAGAAAUACAGCAUUUAGUAAAGAAGAGAUUUCAAGAGAGUUUAAAAUCAUUUACUGGACUAGAGAGCUAUACAACACCUGCACUAGCCAAAAGACAAAAACAAUGCACCUAACGUAAAUUGAAAAGUACACUUUUUUAAAUGUGAUUUAAAAUUAUAUUUUUGUCUUAUCUAUUUGUUCUUGUAUUUGCUAAAAACUUUGUUUCCAUAUUA